AUGUUCUUCAUAAAAAGUCAAACCAAUCGACAAUCUUUAUUUGGUGGUUUUUAUUUUUUAUAUUUCCUCUUUAUAUUACAUAUAUGUACAGCAUUUUUAACAAUAAUCAGUGGACUUAAUAAUAAUUUGAAAGAUAAUGAAGCAAUUAUUCAAUUAUCAAUGGAUUCAAUUCAUGUUGUUGAAUCCUCAGAUCAUCAAAUUGCAAAUAUUGAAGAAAAUAUAACUGAUAAUGAAGAAAAAGAACUUCUUAUGGCUCUAUUAACAACCUAUGAUGAUGAAUUAGAAACAAAUAAAAAAAUUGAUAAUGAAAUACCUAUAAUAAAUACUUCAACAUCAAUUCGUUUUAUUCCCUCUUUACUAGUUUUUGCUGAACAAUCAAUAGCUAUACCACAAAUGCAAACUGUUAUGAUAAUUAAUGAUGAUUCUGAACCACUUGAACUUUAUUCAUUAGCAGGAACAACCGAUCAAUUUUAUUCAUCAUUUUUUAAACAAAAUGUUCUUCCACCUUAUGGUGGUAAAACAUCAAUGAAUGUUUAUUAUUUACCAAGAACAAUAGGUUUUACAAAUAGUAUAUUUAUAAUAAAAACAAAUCGUGGAAAUUUUUAUUACAAUGUCAGUGGUAUUGGUAAAUCUAAUCCAUUUCGUUUACGUCCAUUAUUAAAUGCAAGAAUACCAUUGAAUUCUACAUAUGAAUAUACAAUUCAAUUUUAUAAUCCAUAUAAUUAUUCAAUAGAUAUAAAUGAAAUCUAUACAAGUGAUGAAAAUUUAAUAAUUGAAUUUUUAUCAAAGAGCAAUAUGAAGAAUAGAAUAACAAAAACAUUUGAACAUUAUGAACAAUGGCGUUUAAAACCUCAUGAAAUAAAACCAAUUAUUAAAAUAAAUUAUUUUGCAUAUAAAUUAAAUAAAUUGCAUGGAUAUAUUUGUAUUAAAACAAAUCUUAGUGAUAUUGUUAUUAUACCGGUGGAAAUAAAUGUUUUAAAUCGUUCAGGUCUUUAUUCAAAUGUUGAUUUAUUAGAAUUUACUGCUCAUAGAUUUAUACAUUCAUCAGUAAAACCAAUAACAAUACCAGUUUAUGUAUUCAAUAAUGAUAUAAAGCCGAUAAUGAUCACUGAUGUUCGUGUGACACCAGAACAUAGGAAUUAUAUAACUGUUCAUUUUAAAAGUCUUCCAAUUCCUCCUGAUAUUCAUCGUUUGAAUCAAAUAGCUGAUAUAACUAUUCAUCCAAAUUUGAUUCCUAAUCAUAUUCAUGAAAUAUAUGGUUAUGUUCAAGUAUACACAUCAUUAAAUAAUGAAGAACCUGUAUUAGAAAUACCUUUUCAAGAAACAAUUUUACAUGGCUCACUUCAUUAUAAAAAAGAAGAUACUUUUUUUUAUAUUCCAUCAUUAAAUCACGCAUUAGCCAAUGAUAAUAUAAAACAAUGUCAAUCAAUUAAACUUCUUAAUCAGUAUAAUACACCGAUUUCUGUAUAUAAUGUAACAGUGAACAAAUUGGAACUACUUUCACAAUUUGUUAAAAUCGAACAUCGUUCAUCUUUUUCUUAUUUGUAUCCCGAACAAUGGAGUGAAUUAUUAUGUGUAACUCAUCUUAAACAAUCAUCAUCAUCUGUACCAUUUUCCAAUAUUCAAACAGUAAUUGAUGUUCAUACAAAUAUCUCGAAUUUUAUUAUUCCGAUUUAUUUAUACAAUGGAUUUCUUAGCGUAAGACAUUUUUAUUUCUAUUUUUAAAUAAUAAUAAAAUUGUUAACAAAACUCACAUAAAAAAAAAUUGUUUUGUUUUACAAGAAAGAAAAAAAAGAAUUUGAGAGAAGAAUUAUGAGACCACCGAGUAUCAUGUCAAUAUACGAGACAUUCGACAAUUUUUUUCCUUCUUUUUUUUUGUAUAUUCAAUACAUUAAUAGCUGAAACUAGUAGUAACCUCAAAUUUUUAGCGUUCAAUAUUAUUUCUUUCAACAGUUAGUCAAUAUUGACUUUUUUCCACUAUCAUAUGAUUAUGAGUAAAACUAGCAAGAAAUACUCUCUAAAAAUUGUGCUUGUUUUCGUUUCAAUGAAUCAUUGAAAUUUUUUUAUAAAUUAUACUACAUAGGUUAGUCAAUAAGUUCUCGGAUUUUCAAAUAUUUAUUCAUAGAAAAAACAUUUUACUAAUCUUUUUACAGUAAAUGUUCAAAGUAGUCCCCACGAUGUUCAGUACAAAGUUUCAUCCUUUUAAUCCACUCCUGGAAUGUCUUU